AUGUCUUCUCCCUCCUCCAACUCCUCGUCCUCCGACCCAGACUACCAUGUCGCCGCCUCCGACCUAGACUAUGACGCCGCUGCCGUCGUCCCCCCGAGGCGCGCCGACGCGGAGGACUACGUCUCGUUUCUGUGCACGCAGGACGAGGUCGACGCGGUGUGCGAGAAAUACGGCGUCCCCAAGGAUCGCUACGCCGCGCGCCCCGCCGGCGACCUGCGCGCGAGCUCGUCCCCGCCGCCGGGCGCCGUCUGCGUGUACGCGGGCGCGCUGGAGGCCGGGUUGCGGGUCCCGCUGCACCCCUUCUUCCGCGAGGUGCUCGCCCACUUCGGCCUCGCCCCGACGCAGCUCGCGCCCAACGGCUGGCGCACCAUGGCGGGCUUCGUGGUGCUCUGCCACCUCGCCGGCGUGUCGCUGCCGCUGCUGGCCGUUUUUCGCCAUUUCUUCCGGCUGGUCGUCCUCAACCUUAAGCGCAGAGGCUGGUACUAUUUCCGAUCUAAAGACACCUCCGGCCUGCGCUUCACGGGUUUGCCGCAUGAGAUCAAGGAUUGGAAGCACGCGUUCUUCUUCCUCUCGUCGCCGGCGCCUUGGCCUUGCUCUGUGGAGUGGGACGAGCCGUCCAAGAUUUCGCUCAUGGACCCCGUGCUCUCUGCCGAGGACAAGAAAUUGGCCGCGAAGCUGCUGCGCGCUCACGGAGGCUCCCCCGUUGAUCUGGGGGCGUAUCUCUGCAGCAGCAAUCUUUCCGCCGCCAUGAUAUCUCCGGUGCCGGAGUCGCUGUCACCACAGCCACCGCCUUCUUAUACUCCUGCUGCUACCGAUUCCAAAGGGAUGGAUCCCUCCGUCUACGACAUGAUGAAAACCAUGCUGGCGGAGAAGAUGGCCCGGCAAGCGUCGGCAUCGGCAAAGAAGGUGAAAACAGAGCCAGGGUCAUCGUCGUUGUGCGGGAAGAAAGGUAGCCCGGACGAGGCCAACGGCGAGGAGGGCCGUCCCCCUUCUUCGGACGCUCCACCUGCCGCCCGUGGCCACUUGGUGCCCACCAGCGUGUGUUCGCCACUGCCGGGAAUCUUGCGGGAGCCACGAGACUUCGCCGACGGAGACGGCACAGACUGGGAGGCUGCACGGGAGCUGCUGCAGGGUGCGGUCGCGCCACCGCAGCAGCGCGUGUUUGCGGCGACCGAGCCAUCCGAUGUUGUCGCGUCAAGCUAUGUCGCGAUUCUCCAGGUAUGCCAGAGAAGGCGGUGUCAAAUUCAAGCUCUUCACUCGCCGGAGCAUGCUCACAUUAUUUGUGCGCAGGCGGCGAACUACGUGUCAUUCUCCUUGGACUACGCUCUGGAGUUGGAGGAGAAGCUGCUGGCGCGGGAGGCGGAGAUCGCCGCGCUGCGGAUGCAGCUGGAGGAGACGAACGGCGAGCUCGCCCAGGCGAAGGUGCCGCGGAGGUAG